AUGAAGAUGCAGGUGAUCAUUGAAUCAGUGGUAUUAUUAGAAAUAAAUUACAAUUAUGAACUAGAACUGGUUAAAUUACAAAAGUUAAAGAUAAAUAAGACUAUUAAAAGGAAUGAGAAUAACAAUGUUAAAUAUCUGAAUAAUGCAAAUAAUUGUUCGCAAUACCAUAUAUUGAUGGGAUCCAUGGAAGAUAAUCAAAUACAUAUAAUUAAGAGCGUCUAUAUAUCAAAUUAUCUGACAGAUACUGUGGCUCUAUCAAAUUCAAUUAAACAAAAAGUUGAACUAUUGCAAGUCCUAAAACGCCAGGAGGAAGAGAUAAAGCCUUUAGCCUUAUUAAUAGUCAAUCCAAAUAUCAACUAUAAUUCAGAACUUGUAAAUAUGAUACUUGAUGCAUUUCAAAUUAAAUAUAAAUUUGAAUAUGAACCUAGUAUUAGAGGUGCGAUUGAUAUGGCCCAGAAGUAUGCAGAUAAUGAAUUACACUUGAAAUGUUAUUACUGGGAUUAUAGAUGGUACCUUACAGAGUUUGAAAUAAAUGAUAAAAACAUUGAUUUAAUACCAGCAUCUUUAGAUAUGGACAAACACCGAAAUAGCAAUCCAGGGAUUAAUUAUCAAUAUACAAGAUCAGAUAGAGAUAUUAAUUUAACAGAUUAUGAGGUGUUUAAUAAGGAAACAAAAGAACAAACUGAGUUUAUUAAAAGGUUAAUCAAUAGAAUAGAUCAGAUGAUUGAUUAUUUGGAAGAAAGUCCCAGUCCAAGUGAAGAUAUACUUAUUAGAAUAAAUUUACUAAUACAAAGAUUACAAAAUGUCAAUACAGAAAAUAUUGAUAUCGAACUAACAUUGAUUGAAAAUGAAAUAGACAUAUUCCAAACUAUUUGUAAUCAAUGGGAAAUCAUUAAUUAA